AUGGACGUUCAGCAGUUGUUCAACGUCAAGGGCAAAGUCGUGCUGGUCACUGGUGGCGCCAAAGGAAUCGGUCGGAUGAUCUCAGAAGGCUUCGUAAAGAACGGCGCCACUGUGUAUAUCUCGUCGCGAGAUGCCAAGUCUUGCGAUAAAGCUGUAAACGAGCUCAAUGCACUUGGCACGGGCAAGGCUUAUGCUAUCCCUGCCAAUUUCUACCAAGAGGAGGAAGUCAAAAGAUUGGCCGAAGAGAUUGCUAAGCGCGAGAGCAAGCUGCAUGUUCUUGUCAACAACUCUGGGUCCAAUUGGGGUGCCCCGUACGAUGAAUACCCUUCGUCUGCUUGGACACGAGUUCUCACUCUCAAUCUUCAUCGGGUAUUCGACCUCACCAAGCUUCUCACCCCUCUACUGGAGAAGGCCGGUUCAUCUGGCGACCCGGCUCGCAUUAUCAACAUCGGUAGCAUCGAUGGCAUAAGGGUUCCAGCUCUGGAAACCUUUGCAUACAGUGCCAGUAAAGCUGGAUUGCACCAUUUGAGUCGUGUUUUGGCACACCACCUUGGAAGACGGAACAUCACAUCAAACUCUCUGGCCUGUGGCCCAUUUGAGAGCAAGAUGAUGGCUGCCACAUUGGAAGCACAUCGGGAGACAAUCGAGGGAAGUAUUCCUUUGGGUCGUAUUGGUACCCCCGAGGAUGUUGCAGGAGCGUGCUUGUUCUUGAGCAGCCGCGCCGGCUCGUAUGUGAAUGGCGCGACAAUCACCCUGGAUGGUGGUAGCGCAAUCACAGCGAAGCUCUGA